AUGAGCCGCACAGAGCAACCUCCUCCACCCCUAUCUUGCGCUGCCCCUAAAAAGGCUAAGGCGCAUCCUACUUGGGCGCAAGGAGCUAAGCGCCCUGCCCGUGCUAACAUUUGUACCACCCCCCCUACACCUCCUUCCUGUGUCACCAUGACCAUCGGCAUACCAGACGCCGUUGCUGGCCAUGUCAUUGGAAGGAAUGAGCUUGCAGACCAUGAAGUCCUUUACCUAAAAUACGAAGUGACAAAGAAACCUGGUCUUUGGGCCAAUUGGCAUGCCUCAGGUUUAAACCAAGCACCAUUCAAGGUGACAUGGUUCUGGGACACCCAGGUGUCGAGGAGCAACAGAGGUGAAGGCACAUCAACACCUGGCAAGGUGAACCAUGGGGGCAUGCCCUUUAUGGAAAGAAGCUUGGAGACAGUCAAAGUUACAACAGCAGGCUUUGCAGGCUUCUUUUGGAAGCGUGGGAAGGUCCUCUUAGUCAGAAACAUGCAGCUGGAUGUUGGGUCUAUGUGCAUGAGAUAUGAAUAA